CUACUGUCAGUCAAGUCUAGAGUUUCUUGAUGUUUAGAAGUGUUCGCUUGGAAAAUUGAAGACAAAAAAGAAAAAUUUAUAAAAUUUUUUUUAUUUUAAUUAAAUUGUCCUCCCUAUAUAAGUAAUUACUUAGCAAAGGAAAAGUAAAGUAAAAAAAGAGAAAAAAUAAGAAAAAAAAUUUGUGAAAAACUUUCAUUGAUUUUUCCCCCUAUCUAUAUAUAUAUAGCAUAUAUACACACACUUGUUAUAUUUCUGUAUAUACAACAUACAUACAUAAAUAAAAUAGAUAUAUAAAAAAAAAUAUAUAAGAAAAAACAACAACAAUAACAACAAAAAAAAAAUAAUAAUAAAAAUAACAACAAUAAAACGAAAAAAAAAAAAUUAUUUUUUGUAUAUAGAAGAAAGCAAAAAAUAAUAAGAAUUAUAAAAAAAAAAAUAAUAAUAAAAAAAAGUCUAUUUUUGGGAUUAAAUUAUUGAUUUUCCAUUUAUACUCCACUUAGAUACAAGGAAAACUCCUUAUUGUACCUUUUACUUACAAAGCAUAAUAAACCAAAAAAAAAAAAAACAAAAGUAUAAUAAAAACAACACAGAAAUAAAAAAAGGACAUUUAAUUUAAGCAAAGUAGGAAAAAAGAAAAAUAACAAAAUAAAAAAUAAUAAAACAAAAAAUUUUUUCGGUUAUAAAAGAAAAAUCAAAUUAAAAGCGAAAAAAAAAUUAUAAAAAAAAAAAACAAAUAACAACAACGAAUAUUUUAAAUAAUUUUUUCAAAAUAAUCAAAAAUUAAAGGAAUCAAAAGUACCUACUUACAAAAUAAAUAAGUACUUUUUGAUUUUCUUCGAAAACUCAAAAAAAAAAAAGGAAAUUUAAUUAGCCGAGAAAAGCCCGAACUCUUUUAAAUUCAAUCAGGUUAUACAAGAAUAAAACCACAAUAUAACAGCUGAUCUCUUUUCUAUACUAUUUGAUAUACAAUUAUAUCAAAGUAUAUCAAAAAAUAAUUUGUUAUACCACUUUGUAAUUAUUCUGAGUUUUACCUAUAGAUUUCUCAUUUAAAAUUCACGUAUAUAUACUUAUGUACAUGCAACAUGAACAAUAUAUAAGUCAAAUAUAGUUUCCAAAUAAAAUUUAUAUAAUAAAUUUAUUUCCAUAUAAUAUACAAGCAUUUAAAAUUAAUAUUCAAAAAAUUUAAAAUUAAAAAUAUUCGCGUCAAAAAAAAAUAAAAAAAAAAAUUUACACAACAAAAAAUUUAAGUUAAAAAAAGAAAACAGAAUUACGAGUAGAUAAAAAUGCCACAAAAAUCUGAAGGUGGUUAUGUAUCAUUGGGUAAUGUUGGCCCAAAAAGUGUAUAUAAUGCAACAACAGAACCAAAUGGACCACCAUCUGUAUUUGAAUCAGUAAAACGUGCAAUCGGUCAAGUUGUCGGUAAUACAAAUAAUAAUACAAAUAAUUUUAAUGGCAGUUCAAUGGAUACUGCCCUAUUGGGAAUACAUGAUGGAGAACAACCGAUUAUUGUUUCAGCAAGAGACCGUGACAAACUUGGUAAAAAUCUGAACACAAAGAUGCCAUCAGCUCCAGCAAAUACUGCCGAGGAGGCUCGUCUACUUGGCGCCAUGCCAAUCGAUCCAAUGGAUGAUAUUGAAUUACGUUCAGUUCAAUUACAAUUUCCACAUGCUCGUGGUUCAAUUUUGGAAGCAUGUGAACAAAAACGUGUACCAACAGAUAAAGGUGAUAUAUUGGUUGCAAUUCAAGGUGAUGCAUCAAAACCACCAAUUAUAACUUAUCAUGAUUUGGGUCUUAACUAUGCAACAAGUUUUGCAGGGUUCUUUAAUUUCCCAGUUAUGCGAGGUUUAUUAGAAAAUUUCUGUGUUUAUCAUGUUACAGCACCGGGACAAGAAGAAGGAGCAGCAACACUUCCAGAAGAUUAUAUUUAUCCAACAAUGGAUGAAUUAGCUGCCCAAUUAUUAUUUGUAAUGUCUCAUUUUCAAUUAAAAAAUAUAAUUGGUUUUGGUGUUGGUGCUGGUGCAAAUAUAUUGGCACGUUUUGCAAUACAAAAUCCAGAUAAAGUUGGUGCAUUAUGUUUAAUUAAUUGUGUAUCAACAGCAUCUGGUUGGAUUGAAUGGGGUUAUCAAAGUUUUAAUGCACGUUAUUUACGUACCAAAGGUAUGACACAAAGUGUUAUUGAUUAUUUAAUGUGGCAUCAUUUUGGACGUAAUCCAGAAGAAAGAAAUCAUGAUUUAGUUCAAUUAUUUAAAGCACAUUUUGAACGUGGUGUUAAUCCAAAUAAUUUGGCAAUGUUUAUUAAUUCAUAUAUACAUCGAAGUGAUUUAAAUAUUGCUAGAACACCACCAGGUAAUGGACCACAAUCGGCUGCAACAUUAAAAAUGCCCGUUAUUAAUGUAACUGGAGCAUUAUCACCACAUGUUGAUGAUACAGUUACAUUAAAUGGACGUUUAGAUCCAACUAAUUCAACGUGGAUGAAGAUAUCCGAUUGUGCAAUGGUUCU